AAAUGCAGCAAAUACUAAAAAAAUGAGUUCUGAAUUCGAUCGCACAAGUGAAACGGAAAUGCCGCUGAAUGAAGUGUGGAACAGCAGAAGGAUAUUCAUGGAUGAUCAGCGGAACGAGUUAGCAAAGGUGUUUGAAGAAACUCCAUAUCCUAGAAGAAAUAAACUGGAAGAACUAGCUCAAAGAAUGGGACUGUCAUUCGACAGUCUUAGAAAAUGGUUCCAGAGUACUGGAACAUAUAAUCCAAACAAAUCUAUGCUUUCAUUGUCGUGUGAUCAUCACGAAACAAAGAGUUUUAAAUCCGAUUACAAAAGCAAAAAGGAAAAACCGUUGAAAAUUGCAGUGGGCUGUAGAAAAUUCACGGUUGAUCAACGGAACGAGUUAAUGCGAGUAUUACGGGAAACUCGAUAUCCUGAUAGAAGAAAAAUGAUGGAACUAGCUGAAAGGUUGGGAGUGUCACUCCAAAAAAUUAGUAUGUGGUUCCGAAAUACUAGAAGAACUAAAUCUAGAACUAAACCGAGCCAAACUAAGUCUUCGUCGACGCGUAAUUGUCAAAAAAUAGUGAUUUCUGAAUCCGAUUGCAAAAACAAAAACAAAGAGCCGCAGUCGCUGAAAAUAGUGCCGCGCCGCAAAAAAUUCACGGUUGAGCAACGGAACGAGUUAAUACGGAUAUUAGAGGAAACUCGAUAUCCUGGUAAAAGAAAAAUGGUAGAGCUAGCACAAAAGAUGGGAGUGUCAUCCACCAAUAUUAGUACAUGGUUCCGGAAUAAUAGAAGAACUCAACGGAACAAACAACUUAUGUUUUCGUCAACGUGUGAUUGUCAAGAAACAGCGUGUCCUGAAUCCGUUUGCAAAAGUGGAAAGAAAAAGCCACUGAAAACAGCAUCGUGUAGAAAGAGAUUCACGGUUAAUCAACGGAAAGAGUUAAUACGGGUAUUUGAGGAAACUCCAUAUCCUAUAAGAGAUAAAAUGGAAGAACUAGCCCUGAAAAUGAGAACGUCUUUUCACAGUAUUACAAAAUGGUUCCAGAAUACUAGGACAUAUAAUCCGCACAAAUUUAUGCCUUCAUCGUCACAUGAUCAUCACGAAAAUGUGAGUUCCGAUCGUAGAAGCGAAACGAAAAUAAUAUGGGGCAGCAAAAAGACAUUCACGGAUGUUCAACGGAGCGAGUUAGUACGAGUAUUUGAGGAAACUCCAUAUCCUAGUAAAAAUAAAAUGGAAGAAUUAGCCCAGAGAUGGGGAAUGCCAUUCUACAAGAUCACAUCUUGGUUUGCACGUAUUAGACAAUUUAAACGGGACAAAAUUACGCCUUCAUUAACACGUGAUGGUCAUAAAGAAACAGUGGAUUCUAACUUCAAUUACAGAAACAGAACGAUAAACCCGCUGAAAACAGCGUCGCGCAGGACAUUCACGGAUGAUGAACGGAACGAAUUAAUACGGGUGUUUGAGAAAAAUCCAUAUCUUAAAAGAAAUACAAUGGAAAAACUAGCUCUGAAGAUAAGAGUGCCAUUUCACAGUAUUAAUAUAUGGUUCAAGAAUGCUAGAAGAUAUAAUCGGGAAAAGAUCGAUCUUUUGAAAGGUCGAAUCAAGAUCGAACAUUCCUAUUGCAAAAGCGAGAUGACAAAGCCGAUGAAAACAGCGUCGCGCAGCAAAAGGAAACUCACGGAUGAUCAGCGGAACAAAUUAGCACUGGUGCUUAAAGAAACACCAUAUCCUAGAAGAAAUAAAAUGGAAGAAUUGGCUCAGAAGAUGGGAAUGUCAUUCCACAAUAUUAAUUUGUGGCUCCGGAAGAUUAGAAGAGCUAAUCUAAUCUAAUAAUUCUAGCUAAUAAUUCUAAACAAAGUCUUCGUCGUCGCAUGAUUAUCACGUAUGAUUGUUUUGCCCGGUUUUGUUUUCCUGUUUGAAAUAAUAGUUAUAACCAGACCUGGGAUUGAGUUGUGGGAUCAAGGUAUUUGCCUCGUAUAAAAAAUUUGGAAGAAUGCAAAAAUGGCAAUAAAUUUAUGUUUUAAUUUAUUCACUACUAACGAUGAUUAUCUACUCGUUGUGUAUUACAAGUAAAACGAAAUACAUAUAAGGAUAUAAAUUUUGAUAAGAAUUUUGUGAUUAUCGA